GCCUUUCAAUCACUUCCAUUCAAGUGGGGAAUACGAGAAUAGUGUUAGUAAGGCAGUUUUCAGGAGUCGACUUUUGAACCAGGUUAUUGAAAAUGUAAGUGCAAUCCCUUUUAAUGUGCAUUAACUUUACGCAAAAUGAUUUCCGAGGUGUUCAGUUGAAAUGACGAUUUAGUUUAACUGUUUAUAUAGUCGAAAUACUUUCCUUUUUUUUAAAUCAUGAAACGUAACCUAUGUUGAUUGUCAUUCAUUCUGCUGGAAUACCCUGUCCGCUAUCCUUUACUAGAAGAACCUCGUUUGUAUUGAAAAAUAAAAAGUUUGGCGCGUAAUGUCCUUUAAUUAAACAAAUUUGACCAUCUUCGUUUUAGAUGACUCCGUAACCAUGGCUAUUGGAAGUGUGUGGGAGAUCUUGUAGACGUGUUAGAUUAAACAGUUCUUGAAAGUGACGGGGGACUUUUGUCUCAAUUGUUAUACGGUCUUUAUGCUUCAUGCAAGCUACCUGGGGAGAUGAUGCGCGGAAUCAAUCGUUUCCUGCUUAACGUCUAAUUAAAAUGUAGUUGAAAUGUUUAGGCUUUGUCUUUUGUCUGUCUUUGUCUUGUUGUAUAUCAUUUGGCUUUAUAGAUAUUAUGGAGGUUCUAGUAUUUUACUCAUGAAUAGCCCAUUCAGUCUCGGGUAAUAAAUUAUACCUCUGUUCCCACGCGUCAUGAGUUUUAUUAUAACAAAGUUUAUUCCGCGUUGUAUAUUAAGAAUUACCUAAUUAUAAUUAUCGUGCCAGCUUUUCCACAAAACAUAACCUGCCUUGCAUACUAUAGAUAUGAGAUUGAAUUCCAUUAUAAUUAUCCUUAUCCCACAUGCCUCAUGCGCUAAAGGUGCAUUGCAUUUGGAGUCAAGCAGUUUCGGAACAAUAAACGCAUUGUUGUCAAUAAGCCUUUGGCACACAGUUGCAUCAGCCAAUUAAAGCCCUGCUUUUUUUUCUCUCAGUCAAUCAUUGCCUGAACUGAGAUUGCAGUCAGUCAACUCUAAUGACGUGGAAGUUUCACAAACAGCUCAACAAUCACAGGAAGCUCCCUAGACUAUGUUAGCAAGAUGUAUGUGUCAUACUAGUCAAUACGUUCAAACAACUGGGAACUCGGAAAUCAACGACUUCAGUGCGUUCAAACAACUGGGGAAUUCCAACUCGGGAACUCGGGCCUCUUUCUAGAACUCCGACCUGAAGAUGACUGACCUCAUGAUUUUACCUCGUAUUUUUCACAAGUUCCCAGUUGUUUUGAAAGCGGCAUUCGAACUCAGAAAAAAACAAAGUAAAAUCAUGAAGUCAGUGAUCUUCAGGUCGGAAUGUCUGCACUCUAGAGAGAGGCUGGAGUUCUCGACUUAGAAUUCCAAGUUGGAUGAUCAUGCAAAACGAUUUUUUCCAGUUAGAGCUCGUUUUUUUUCUCGGAAUUCCCAGUUGUCUUGAACACUCAUAAGUCGAAGAGUUUCGACUUCCCUGUUCUGAACACUGCAACAGUGUAUGGAUCAAGGUGAUGUCACCAAGAUCAUGUCAUACCUUAGUAAUUCCACCAACUGGCCUCUAUCUGAAGGAGCCAAUUUGUCUGACUUGGCUUCAAGGACAUGGUCAACCAAGUUAACAUUUGGUUGGAGAAACUCACAGUGGACAGACUGAAUCUUGUCUAAAUGGCCACAUCUACUCCUAACUCUCUACCGGUACAGCCAGAAGAGGACUGGCCACCCCUCGGAGCCUGGUUCCUCUCAAGGUUUCUUCCUAGGUUCCUGCCUUCUAGGGAGUUUUUCCUAGACACUGCUUCUGCCUCUAAAUUGCUUGCUCUUUGGGGUUUUAGGCUGGCUCUGUAAAGUUGAUUAAUUUAAAUGACUGAAUUUAGAGCUAUUUCUAUUGACACUCUAAAGUGUAUCACUUUGAUCAACCUUUUUUAGUACAUAGAUUACCGGUAAGACAAUACCAGAGAAUGUUAAAUGUUCAUCUUUAUUUGUAGUGCAAUUAAUAACUUCCUUUAUAUUUGCCACUGCAAGUUGAAUAGUUUGGGAUAUUCGGUCACUGAACAACAAUCAAGCCUAAUUUCCUUGCAUACAGUGCAUUCGGUAAGUAUUCAGAACCCUUGACUUUUUCCACAUUUUGUUACGUUAGCCUUAUUCUACAAUGGAUUCAAUUGGUUUUUUUCCCUCAAUCUACACACAAUACCCCAUAAUGACAAAGCAAAAAUAGGUUUCUAGAAAUGUUUGCAAAUUUAUAAAAACGGAAAUAUCACAUUUACGUAAGUAUUCAGACCCUUUACUCAAUACUAUCUUGAAGCACCUUUGGCAGCGAUUACAGCCUCACGUCUUCUUGGGUAUGACGCUACAAGCUUGGCACACCUGUAUUUAUGGCGUUUCUCCCAAUCUUCUCUGCAGAUCCUCUCAAGCUCUGUCAGGUUGGAUGGGGAGCGUCGCUGCACAGCUAUUUAUAGAUCUCUCCGGAGAUGUUCAAUUCAAGUCCGGGCUCUGGCUGGGCCACUCAAGGACAUUCAGAGACUUGUCCCGAAGCCACUCCUGCGUUGUCUUGGCUGUGUGCUUAGGAUCGUUGUCCUGUUGGAAGGUGAACCUUCGACCCAAUCCGAGGUCCUGAGUGCUCUGUAGCAGGUUUUCAUCAAGGGUCUCUCUGUACUUUGCACUGUUCAUCUUUCCCUUGAUCCUGACUAGUCUCCCAGUCCCUGCCACUGAUAAACAUCCCCACCGCAUGAUGCUGCCACCACCAUGCUUCACCGUAGAGAUGGUGCCAGGUUUCCUCCAGGCGUGACGCUUGGCAUUCAGGCCAAAGAGUUCAAUCUUGGUUUCAUCAGACCAGACAAUCUUGUUUCUCAUGGUCUGAGUGUCCUUUAGGUGCCUUUUGGCAAACUCCAAGUGGGCUGUCAUAUGCCUUUUACUGAGGAGUGGCUUCCGUCUGGCUGCUCUACCAUAAAGGCCUGAUUGGUGGUGUGCUGCAGAGAUGGCUGUGCUUCUGAAAGGUUCUCCCAUCUCCACAAAGGAACUGGAGCUCUAUCAUAGUGACCAUCGGGUUCCUGGUCACCUCCCUGACCAAGGCCCUUCUCCCCCGAUUGCUCAGUUUGAUGGUUCCAAACAUCUUCCAUUUAAGAAUGAGGGAGGCCACUGUGUUCUUGGGGACCUUCAAUGCUGCAGAAUUGUUUUGGUACCCUUCCCUAGAUCUGUGCCUCGACACAAUCCUGUCUCGGCGCUCUACGGACAAUUCCUUCGACGGCUUGGUUUUUGCUCUGACAUGCACUGUCAACUGUGGGACCUUAAAUAGACAGGUGUGUGCCUUUCCAAAUCAUGUCCAAUCAAUUGAAUUUAUCACAGGUGGACACCAAUCAAGUUGUAGAAUCAUCUCAAUGAUGAUCAAUGGAAACAGGAUGCACCUGAGCUCAAUUUUGAGUCUCAUAGCAAAGGGUCUGAAUACUUAUGUAAAUAAGGUAUUUUUAAAAAAUACAUUUGCUAAAAUUUCUACAAACCUGUUUUCGCUUUGUCAUUAUGGGGUAUUGUGUGUAGAUUGAUUGAGGACAUUUUUGUUUGUUUAAUCCAUUUUAGAAUAAGGCUGUAACUUAACAAAAUGUGGAAAAAGUUAAGGGGUCUGAAUACUUUCCGAAUGUACUGUUAUUAAAAAAAAAGUAACUUUUUAUUAUAAUGAUUUUUCUGUGAGGGGUUCAGAUCAGACGGGCAAUAAUAUUCAAGAAGUACAUAGAUAAAGAAUAGAAAAACGGUAGAAAAUAAAAACAUGGAUACAAGACAACACCAAAAAAAAUAAGUUGAUUGUCCUGUCUGUCCCAUCGCCCCUCUCCCUCCCCCUUCUAAGUAGGUGCGACCUAUUCCCCCUCUCUCUCCACUUCUUUCCCUCUCCCCAUCUCCCUCCCCCCAACGGGCUCAUGUUGUGGACAUACAGUGCCUUCAUUUACAUUUAUCCAGAGCGACUUAGUUAGUGAGUGCAUACAUUUUCAUACUGGCCCCCCGUGCUCUACCAACUGAGCUACAGGGGCCUUCAGAAAGUAUUCAGACCCCUUGACCUAUUCCACAUUUUGUUGUUACAGCCUGAAUUAAAAAACAUAUUUUUCUCACCCAAUCUACACACAAUACCCCAUAAUGACAAAGUGAAAACAUGUUUUUAGACAUUUUUGCAAAUGUAUUGAUAAUGAAAUAUAGAAAUAUAUAAUUUACAUAAGUAUUCACACCCCUGAGUCAAUACAUGUUAGAACCACCUUUCGCAGCGAAUACAGCUGAGUCUUUCUGGGUUAGUCUAAGCUUUUCACACCUGGAUUGUAGAAUAUUUGCACAAUAUUAUUUCUAAAAUUCUUCAAGCUCUGUCAAGUUGGUUGUUGAUCAUUGCUAGACAGCCAUUUUCAAAUUGACAGAUUUUCAAGCCGAUUUAAGUCAAAACUGUAACUAGGCCACUCAGAAACAUUAAAUGUUGUCUUGGUAAGCAACUUAAGUUUGUAUUUGGUCAUGUGUUUUAGGUUAUUGUCCUGCUUGAAGGUGAAUUUGUCUCCCAGUGUCUGUUGGAAAGCAGACUGAACCAGGUUUUCCUCUAGGAUUUUGCCUGUGCUUAGCUCUAUUCCGUUUAUUUUUAUCCUAAAAAACUCCCUAGUCCCUGCUGAUGACAAGCAUACCCAUAACAUAAUGCAGCCACCACCAUGCUUGAAAAUAUGAAGAGUGGUACUUAGUGACGUUGUGUGGGAUUUGCCCCAAGCAUAACACUUUGUAUUCAGGACAUCAUAAAGUAAUUUCUUUUGCCAAUUUUUUUGCAGUUUUACUUUAGUGCCUUAUUGCAAACAGGAUGCAUGUUUUGUCAUGUUUUUAUUCUGUACAAGCUUCCUCCUUUUCCCUCUCAUUUAGGUUAGUAUUGUGGAGUAACUACAAUGUUGCUUGACUGCGGGACCGUACAGAUAAUUGUAUGACUUGGGUACAGAAAUAAGGCAGUCAUUCAAAAAUCAUGUUAGACACUAUUAUUGUACACAGUGAGUCCAUGUAACUUAUUAAGCACAUUUUUACUCCUGAACUUCUUUAGGUUUGCCAUAACAAAGGGGUUGAAUACUUAUUGACUCAAGACCCCUGUAGUCCCUGUAGCUCAGUUGGUAGAACAUGUCGCUUGCAACGCCAGGGUUGUGAAAAUGUAUGCACUCACGAACUGUAAGUCGCUCUGGAGAAGAGCGUCUGCUAAAUUACUAAAAUGUAAAAAAAUACAUUUAAUCUUUAAUUAAUUUGUAAAAAUGUCUAAAAACAUCAUUCCACUUUGACAUUAUGGGGUAUUGUGUGUAGGCCAGUGACACAAUCUCAAUUUAAUCAAUUAUAAAUUCAGGCUGUAACACAACAGAAUGUGGAAAACGUCAAGGGGUGUGAAUACUUUCUGAAGGCACUGUAUCAAUGCUUUAAACAAAACAUAAUGGAUAACUCGUCUUAUGUUUGUACAGUUGUUUGGAGGAACAAGGGACAUUAAUAAAGUCAGCCUGCAUACAUCGGUAUUCGAUACAAAUAUUCAAAAUACAGUUGAUGAAUUUAAACAUGAUUACAUUAACUCAUAAUAAGCUUUUGACCUUUUUCGACUGCUCUAUUGAAUGUAUCUAAUGUCCUUUCCUUGGUGUUGUUCACACAAGCUAUGGAGAGCUCUAGUGAAAGGACGUCAAGGAAGUUUUGUAGCCAUUGAGUUAUGCUGAGCUUAUGUGGAGGCUUACAUCUGGUCACCAACAUUCUUUUUGCCGCAGUCAGUCCGGACAACAAUACUCGUUUCUGGGGUACUGUGAGACUUAGUGAAGAGUCAUCGUUCAACAAUAAAAAAUCUAAACCAAUAAAUACUGGGGAGACAGGGAAUAGCAACACCUACUAUGCUUGACACAGGCCUGGCAACCUGUGACCAAAAGGUCUUCACACUGCGGAAGUACCACAUCAUGUGCAUGUAGGUUCCAAUAUUUAUUUGACAACACAACAGACAAUUUGGAGUAGGAGAAAGAUCAAAUAGAAUCUGUGAAUUAAAAUCUAUGAAUUAUUUUGUAUUGUAUUACUUGAUGAUUAAUAUUUCUGGAGGACAUUGGGAUAUUAUUUCACUCUUUUUCAGUCUGUAUUUUGUUGGUAGUCUGUUAUUCUUUAUAGGCCUAAUUGUUGUUGGACUGGCCUCUCCUCUGAUGUGUUCAGGCAUUCCUCAACCUCUCCCUAAAGUAGCCAGCCCAUUAGCUGCAGGCUAAACAUUCACCUGAUGAAGAACAGUGUGGGUUUGCGUCCCAAAUGGCACCCUACUCCCUAUAUAGUGCACUACUAGAGCCCUGGUCAAAAGUAGUGCACUAUAUAGGGUACCAUUCAGGACUCAACCUGUGUUAGAUGGUCACAGUGUGAAUCCACUCUGGUUUGAACCCUGGUGAGGCUGUGCUGACAGGACGUAGCUGGAGGGAAUGGCUCAAAGUAAUGGGAAAGAGUGGCCCUUUUUUAAGCACCAUUGUUUCCUGAGCAAAGUCUCUGGGAAUUUGGUUUGACCCCUGUGACUUUCAUGGUUGAAGGGUUAAGUGGUGUGUUAGAAGUGUAAUCUCUCAAUGGUGGAUGGAGACCAUUAUCUAUGUCUAAAAUUAGAUAUUUUAAUUGUGCUGAAAAGCAACAAUUGAGUACUAUUAAAUGGGAUCACUCUCUGUAGUGUAGGCCAUAUAUAAGUGUUGUAUUUGCCUGCUGACUUCAAAAUGAAUUUCCACGCAAAUGGACAAUAAAGUAUAUUGUAUCGUUGAAGAAAAUUAACAUAAAUGUGUAUUUUUGCAGGGCAUCGUGAAAGUGGACGUUCCCCCUACCUAUGAACACCACCUGACCCAUAUACAUGGAGGGCAAAGAAGAGAUCAGUGACACAGACAGUGGUAUCAUUCUCCACUCUGGUAAGCACCAAGCCACCAAAUACCUUUCAACUUGCAUGACACUAACAGUUAUUCACUAUAACGGGAUGCCUGUAGUGAGACAUUAGUCAACAUUCUUUCAAAUUUGAUAUGCAUGGGUUUUGGCCUAGAAACCUAUUUGUGUUCUACUUAUAACUAAGUAGUAAGCAAGCAAACCACACUAUUCAAAAGUGGUUUAUAGUCCUGUUAUUUAUUAUUUUGUGCUCCAUUUUCAAAGAAGAUGCAGUGGCCAUUACCAAUGGUUUCUAUAAACCAGUAGCUGAGCUAUUGCUGGUCACUUUCUUCACCACAUAUGUCAUUUAGUCACACGCUGUCUGCUUCCCACAAUGGGAGAUAAUUGAUCCAGACAGAAUACGUUUUUUUUGUCAUUGGCAUGUUUUCUACUGUUUAUUUUCUCCUGCAUGGUUGCCAUUCCGGUGGCAGUCACGCCUCUGGUGGCUUUCUCUGCUGUCUGUCAGUACCUGCAGGGAUUGAGUUGAUAAUCUCUGAAAGCAUGUGACACACAAUGCAGCUGGCCUUGAGUCAUUAGUAGCCCUGUGAAUGAACUCAGGGUUGUAUCCCAAAUGGCAUUCUACUCCCUAUAUAGUUCACUACUUUUGUGCUACCCGUAGGGGCACCCUUAGGGCUCUGGUCAAAGUAGUGCACUAUGUAGGGAGUAGGCUGCCAUUUGGGAUGCAACCAGUUGUCGGUAGUCACAGCAGUGCUGGAGAGCCACCUAACUAUUCCAGUAGUAGAGCAACAACAUAUUGUUUAUCGCCUUGGUUUCACUCCCAGGUUGAUCCUAUCACACUUUCAUGACAGUUUCAGUAUCAGUUAAUGAAACAGGGCAAUUUCACGGUAGCAGAGUGACACACUCAGAUUUUUCACUUUAAAAUGUAUGUCAAACAAAAACCAAUGAUUGCAAAAUUAAACAAACCUUAAAAUUCAAUGCACAAAGAAUACAUUUAACAGUUUCCACACAACAUUUUAGAAAUGUUUUAAAAACCAGUCAUUCUGCAUAGAGUUGUAUAGUUUAACUUUCCAAUCAUUGGUUUUUGUUUGACAUACAUUUUAAAAUGAAAAAUCUGAGUCUGUGUCACUCUGUUACCGUGGAAUUGCCCAACAGUAAACAGUACAAGUACAGACACUCAUUAUCUCUCAAAAGAACCUUGUCUUGUCUAGGUGUCAUCUUGGCUCAUUAUCUUCAUUGUUGCUGCUCAUGAGUGGGCAGAAACAAGUCAGGAUUGGAGCAACCUUUCCUCGAUUUGGACACCGUUUAUUAUCUCCAACCAGUUGGGUUAUCUAUAUGAAAUUGAUAAGCAAGCAUUACCAAUUGUAAACUUGUGUCCAGCUAUCUAUAGCCUUGCUGUUUUCAACCCUGAGACCUCACAGUAGCCUCUUUGUCACUGUGUGUCCAAGGCCCUGAUAGUCCUUGCAAGAUUAUGAAGGACGUGAUCACUCAUACCCGGGCCGUCAAACUCAAGCACCAGUCACUGGAGGACCGGCUAGAGCUCUGCCUACUGGAGCUGAAGAAACUCUGCAUCCGAGAGGCUGUGAGUACCCCUGGAUAUAGUGUACACACACACACACACACACGCUCUCCACUCCACUCUAUCAGGGUUCAGGUCGUUUUCACCAUAUCAGUGGGAAUUUCCCCAUAAGUGAUACCAUGACUGUGAUGUCAACAGUUACACAUUAUUUAGACGGGGGGUGUUUGUUUCAUAGUAGAAUAGAUGGAGGAGUGAUGUUAAUCAAGACCUAACAAAGGCAGAGUGGCCGAUACGUAAGCUUAAUAAACUAAAGUGAUACUAGCAAGAGCAGUGUGCAUGUUUUUCUGUUCUUUCGAGAUGUUCAUCAAUAAUUGCCUGGCAAUCAAACUACUUAGCCGAUAAAGGCUGCCCACAGUCUGAGCUGAAAAGCUUAUUUGUUUUGGUGCUCCUGACCAAUGAGAACACAACUGUCCCCUUCCCUUUCAGUCAGGCUGAUUUGUUGGGCUUUUAAGUGAGACAUGUUAGGGCAAUUGGGAGGCAGCCAAUGGACAUUAAGUGUCCCUAUUAUACCACACUAGAUUAUCUCUCCCAUAUCUGUCUCUCAGAAAUGAAUUCAGCCCUAAGAAUGUCACUGUGCCAUCCGUCAUCGUUACGAGCUAUGGGAGAGCCAGUCCCCUGUAACAAGCUGCUGUUGAGGGAAACAUUGAGUGUGCGUAUGAAAUGACACCCUAUUCUCUAUAAAGUGCACUACUUUUGCGAUAGGUCUCUGGUCAAAGGUAGUGCACUAUGUCUGAUCAUUCUUUUCUGUUGACAAUUGGGCUUGGCUCGCCCGUCGGGACUUGUCCUGUCGAGGUAUGCUGCCUGGAAGGAGGCUCUGAUAACUCCUCUUCCUGCUCUCAGGAACAAUACAGCGACUGAGAUCAUGACCAACACUUGUGACACUAGUGUUUGUGUCGGGGGGGGGAUAUACCUUUUUAUGUAGAUUAACUCAAAACAAACACAGGGUGUGUUAUGUCUGUUCCCAAAUGAAAUCAGUAAUAUGCACUCUCACGCUCAGGUUGAGUGUAGAUUUAGCUAGAGGGCAGGCCAGUUUGGUUGCAUUCACUGGACAGGUGAGGCCCUGAGAAUGUGUUGUGAAAGAGUAGGAUUCUAUGGAAAGGCAGCAUUGCCUAACUGACACUUGAGAAUGAUCUCAAGUGUCAGUUGGGAAGCAGAAAUGUUUGUACAAUAUUUCAAAAUGAACUCAAUGAGGGUUCACAAACCUGGUUGAUUUGAAGGGAAUGGGGACAUAUUACCUCUGAAGUAGCAGUGGUCCCCUCAUAAUGUUCUUACCUCCAACUAAAUGGGCUCCAAAAGUAUUGGGAUAGUGACCAUUUUUGUUGUUGUUUUGGCUCUGUACUCCAGCACUUUGGAUUUGAAAUGGUACAGGGACUAUGCGGUUAAAUUGCAGACUGUCGGCUUUAAUUUGAGGGAAUUUUCAUCCAUAUCUGGUGACCCGUUUAGAAAUUACAGCAAUGAUUACAUCAAGCUUGUUUGAUUUUGGUUGUGUUUCAGAUAACUUUCUGCCCAAUAGAAAUGAAUGGUAAAUAAUGUAUUGUCAUUUUGGAGUCACUUUUAUUGUAAAUAAGAAUAGAAUAUGUUUCUAAACACUUCUACAUUAAUGUGGAUGCUACCAUGACUAUGGAUAGUCCUGAAUGAAUCGUGAAAUAAUAAUGAUGAGUGAGAAAGUUGGAGGCACAAAUAUCAUACCCCCAAGACAUUUUUGGGGGUAUGAUAUUUGUGCGUCUAACUUUCUUACUCAUCAUUAUUCACGAUUCAUUCAGGACUAUCCGUAAUCAUGGUAUUAUCCACAUGAAUGUAGAAGUGUUUAGAAACAUAUUCUUAUUUACAAUAAAAGUGACGGCAAAAUGACACAUUAUUUACCAUUCAUUUCUAUUCGGCACAAAAUGAUCUGAAACACAACCAAAACAAACAGCAAAUGCAUCCAACAAGUUUGUAGAGUCACAAGCUUGAUGUAAUUAUUGCGUGCUAGGAAUAUGGGACCAAAUACUAAACUUUUGACUACUUUAAUAAACAUAUAAGUGAAUUUGUCCCAAUACUUCUGGUCCACUAAAAGGGGGGGAAUAGGUACAAAAAGUGCUGUAGUUUCUAAACAGUUUACCCGAUAUGGAUAACAAUACCCUCAAAUUAAAGCUGACAGUCUGCACUUUAACCUCCAUUGGAUUUGAAAUGAUACAAUGCCGAAGAGUCCAGAGCCAAAACAGCAAAACAUGUCACUGUCACAAUAUUUUUGGAGUUCACUAUAUAUUAACAUACAGUACGUGAUUUGUGUUUCAUUAAAAUCUGAUUCAACACAUUUUAACCAACUUAAAUCUGGUGUCUUCUUUCCAUGUCAUAUAGGAGCUAACUGGUCGGCUGUCUGCAGACUACCCUUUGCUGCCUGGGGAGCAGCCGCCUCAAAUUCGCCAACGCAUCGGAGCAGCCUUCAAACUAGACGAGCAGAGCAUCCCACAGGGAACAGAGGUAAAGAGUCUGACAAGGGUUGGACAUGGACACUAUUGUCAUUUACACUGACUCUUCCUUUAACAGUGGUUGUAAAAGUCCCACACACAGGUGUACUUAAUACUGAAGGCCACUCCCGUGGUUCCCCUUAGGGAAAUGUUUUGUUUCUUAAUUCAAUCCAUCGCCCUACCUUCCUUGGCACCAGCCAUCAUUAGUCAGGCUUCUGUCAUCGUAAGAGCCAGGAAGAGAGAUUUGAUGUUCAGCCACUACUUUCUGCCCAACGUCCUUUUGUCACUUCCUGUAGGACUCAGAGCUAAACUCUGUGGAAGCUGAGCUAUCCCUUCAGCUGCAGAUAUACAAAGCGGCCCAAAGACUGUGCCAUGAGGAACACCUCAGCAAGGCGGUGAAGAGAAGCCGGUUACAGCAGUGCAAGCGUGAGGAGAAGAAAGUCAAACAACUGCAGGAAACAGCAUUUCAGCUGUGCCUACAGCACGGGCGGUCUUCACCACGGCCAGGCUGCAUCAGCACACGGAGAGGUGAGCGACGCCCUACUGUCCAACUAAUAAAACAACAUUGACAUCUCUGAUCUGAGAGAAAUGUAAUUCCAGUGCCAUUCCCAUGGAUUAAUACAGUUGUUUGCUUUGCUUUUGUUUCCAGAUCAGGGCACUUCUGAUGAUAGCGCUCUGUCGGAUUCGGCACUGCUCGAUGAAGGUUAGAGCGUUACUAUGUGCAAAAAUGACUCUUGUAAAAUUAUAUAGAUAAACAUGCUCUGACAAUAGCACCAGAGUACUCUCUUAACGUCAUUAUUUCUAUUCUUCUCCAGAAGAGGUGAUCAGUCAGUCAUCUGAACCAUCCGUGGAGCCCCCUCACCCAGGAGGACCAGUAGACCCUCCCCAGCCACCCCCAGGCCCCUCACACCCCCCUGGGCCUAGCCCCCACCAGCCACCCCCUACUACUCCAACCCUGGAGGAGCUACAGUCCAGCUUCAACACCAGCCUGGAAUUGGAGCCCCCUCCCAUUGAGCACUCCCCUUGGACCGAGUCCAGUCUGGACCAGCCUUACCAGAAGACCAAGAAGAAGUCACACUCAUGUAGCAGCAAGUCAAGGUAAAGGCCAAGGGAGAACCCAGCGUGCCUCCUGUAAUUUUAUAUGAACGCUACCCUUGAAUUUAUUGUACAGGAAAUCCCAAGAAUAGCUAUAAUGGAAGCCUCACGGGUUGGUGAAACCUCUCUUAUACGCAAGCCAUUAUGUAGCCUAAUAUAAGAUUGCCUUGACUUUUUGAAUUCAUGCAUUUGUAGUGCUCUAAAAUAAGCUUCAUAGUUGAACCCAAAUACACAGUUUACCAAACAUUAGAAACACCUUCCUAAUAUUGAGUUGCACCAACCCCCCCACCCAAUUCGUUGGGGCAUGGACUCGUGUCGAAAGCGUUCCACAGGGAUGCUGGCCCAUGUUGACUUCAAUGCUUCCCACAGUUGUCAAGUUGGCAGGAUGUCAUUUGGAUGUUGGACCAUUCUUCGUACACAUGGGAAACUGUUGCGCGUGAAAAACACAGCAGCGUUGCAGUUCUUGACAAACCGGUGCGCCUGGCAGCUACUACUGUACCCCAUUCAAAGGCACUUAAAUCUUUUGUCUUGCCCAUUCACCCUCUGAAUGGCACACAUACACAAUCCAUGUCUCAAUUGUCUCAAGGCUUAACAAUCCCUCUUUAACCUGUCUCCUCCCCUUCUUCUACACUGGUUGAAGUGGAUUUAACAAGUGACAUCAAUAAGGGAUCAUAGCUUUAAACUGGAUUCACCUGGUCAGUCUGUCAUGGAAAGAGCAGGUGUUCCUAAUGUUUUGUAUACUCAGUGUAUACAAAAUAUGCUUUGGCAGCAUUUAUCUGCAACUUAAACUCCAUUUGAUAUUUGAAAAAAGUGUUCCUUUUGAAGUGGUUUUGCUAAAGUUGGCAUUAAGGCGUACUUUGGUAUUUCGGGGAGGAUAUUACUUGGGAACAUUUUGAUUCAAGUCACAACUUGUCUUUGAGUGGCAGCGCAAAUAGACUGAGACAAGGGCACAUGGAACAGGUUUAAGCAUGGAAAGCACAUGCACUCAUUUGGCCCCCUCAUGGCUUGUUUUUCAUCUGAAUGAAAACAUCUUCAGGGUUUAGUCAUUAACCCUCUUAUCUCUCCUUCCUGUCCAUGUUACCUUUCAGCAGUAGUCCAGCCGUGACCCCUGUGUUGCCUCCAGUGGAAGCCUGUUAUGAAGACACUGCUCUGCCCCUGCAGUUCUCCUCCCAUCUCAGACUGUGCCACACCCAGUCAAACAGCGCCCCCUCCACCCCGGAGAUGCACCUUCGCCGCCAGCUCUCUCUCAGGUCAGCACAUUUAAAUGUUUUAUAUUUAGAUUUUGGUCUUUUAGCAGAUGCUCUUACAGUGAGGGGAAAAAAGUAUUUGAUCCCCUGCUGAUUUUGUACGUUUGCCCACUGACAAAGAAAUGAUCAGUCUAUAAUUUUAAUGGUAGGUUUAUUUGAACAGUGAGAGACAGAAUAACAACAAAAAAAUCCAGAAAAACACAUGUCAAAAAUGUUAUAAAUUGAUUUGCAUUUUAAUGAGGGAAAUAAGUAUUUGACCCCCUCUCAAUCAGAAAGAUUUCUGGCUCCCAGGUGUAUUUUAUACAGGUAACGAGCUGAGAUUAGGAGCACACUCUUAAAGGGAGUGCUCCUAAUCGCAGUUUGUUACCUGUAUAAAAGACACCUGUCCACAGAAGCAAUCAAUCAAUCAGAUUCCAAACUCUCCACCAUGGCCAAGACCAAAGAGCUCUCCAAGGAUGUCAGGGACAAGAUUGUAGACUUACACAAGGCUGGAAUGGGCUACAAGACCAUCGCCAAGCAGCUUGGUGAGAAGGUGACAACAGUUGGUGCGAUUAUUUGCAAAUGGAAGAAACACAAUCUCCCUCAGCCUGGGGCUCCAUGCAAGAUCUCACCUCGUGGAGUUGCAAUGAUCAUGAGAACGGUGAGGAAUCAGCCCAGAACUACACGGGAGGAUCUUGUCAAUGAUCUCAAGGCAGCUGGGACCAUAGUCACCAAGAAAACAAUUGGUAACACACUACGCCGUGAAGGACUGAAAUCCUGCAGCGCCCGCAAGGUCCCCCUGCUCAAGAAAGCACAUAUACAGGCCCGUCUGAAGUUUGCCAAUGAACAUCUGAACGAUUCAGAGGAGAACUGGGUGAAAGUGUUGUGGUCAGAUGAGACCAAAAUCGAGCUCUUUGGCAUCAACUCAACUCGCCGUGUUUGGAGGAGGAGGAAUGCUGCCUAUGACCCCAAGAACACCAUCCCCACCGUCAAACAUGGAGGUGGAAACAUUAUGCUUUGGGGGUGUUUUUCUGCUAAGGGGUCAGGACAACUUCACCGCAUCAAAGGGACGAUGGACGGGGCCAUGUACCGUCAAAUCUUGGGUGAGAACCUCCUUCCCUCAGCCAGGGCAUUGAAAAUGGGUCGUGGAUUGGUAUUCCAGCAUGACAAUGACCCAAAACACAUGGCCAAGGCAACAAAGGAGUGGCUCAAGAAGAAGCGCAUUAAGGUCCUGGAGUGGCCUAGCCAGUCUCCAGACCUUAAUCCCAUAGAAAAUCUGUGGAGGGAGCUGAAGGUUUAAGUUGCCAAACGUCAGCCUCGAAACCUUAAUGACUUGGAGAAGAUCUGCAAAGAGGAGUGGAACAAAAUCCCUCCUGAGAUGUGUGCAAACCUGGUGGCCAACUACAAGAAACGUCUGACCUCUGUGAUUGCCAACAAGGGUUUUGCCACCAAGUACUAAGUCAUGUUUUGCAGAGGGGUCAAAUACUUAUUUCUCUCAUAAAUUGAUUUGCAUUUUAAUAAAAAUGUUGACGUGUUUUUCUGGAUUUUGUUGUUAUUCUGUCUCUCACUGUUCAAAUAAACCUACCAUUAAAAUUAUAGACUGAUCAUGUCUUUGUCAGUGGGCAAACGUACAAAAUCAGCAGGGGAUCAAAUACUUUUUUUCCCUCACUGUAUAGAGCAACUUAGUCAGUGCAUUCAACCAUUUGUAUAUUUUAUCCACACUGUCCCCACACUGCUUACAUUUUGAAACUGUCUCACUUGAUCUUUCAAAUGAUUGUUUCAUUUUGUACAGUUUUGGCCUAGUUUGUAAUGCUUCUAUGUGAUAUUUUACAGGCUUCCCAACAGUGAGCCUCCGUUGAACCUGGAUAAGGACCGGGGUCGUACCCGUGUUCCCAGGAGGCUACUGACGGAUUACGUUGUAACUUCUCCAGGCGAGUCCCCCGUCCAGAGGGGAGGAUACAGAAACCCCAUUUACAACUCCAACUCUGAGACUGAGGACAGUAACUCUGAACACUCUGCCCUAUCCUACACUAGCUCCCCGUGUCAUGAGAUGCCCUGUGACCUGCCAAGGCAGUGUCAGCCCACCUAUAGGUACCAACAUUCCAGCCCCAACAACAAUCAUGGACCAAUGGCCUACCCCCCAGGCCCCGGCUUCUACCAAAACCACCAGCACCAGUCCACCCCCAGCUUCCACAGGGGUUACUAUGACCACGGGAUCUACCCCUCAGAGAUGGACAUGGCCAGGCUGUAUCACGGCCCUCUGCCCCCCUGUCACUCCAGUCGAUAUGAGCACUGGUAUGAGGAGGCCCCUGUGCACCCCCAGCGGGCUCUCACGCCCCUGCCCCCCCACAUCAGACUGUCCCGCGCCCCCUCGCUCAGAGAGUACCCCCACCACCCCUCCAGAGGCUUCCCCCGGCAGGUGGUAAACGAGGAGCUCAAGUCAUGGCACCAGCGCAACCAGUUCAGACCUCGCUCCCUGGACAGACAGGUUGCGGACAGGGUGAGGAACGUACCUGGCUGCGACUCACCUCUUUCCCACCACCACAAAUACCCUGAACAGGUAAACAGCCACGACAGCACUUCACUCACUACAUGAUUACAAUGUAGUUGCCCAAUCUUAAGUUACUGCCUUUGCGGAAUUACUGUCAGCACCACCUUAUUACUGAAUAUCACUGGAAUAUAAAACUGUUCAGUCGGUGUCGGCAGGCUUUUAACAGGAGAAGGGAAUUUCUAAUUAGUUAAGAUGGAUCCUUCUGAGGUGCUGUGUCCUGUCUGCAAGUUCCAUGGAAUCAACAGAACUCUUUAAAAUGUUUGUGCCGUAUCUUAAUAGUCUUUACAAGCUAACUUUGUGUUAUAAUUAACUUUGUUUGGCAAUCACACCUGACACACAAGUAUUACCUCCAUGAACUAGUAAGCACACUAUGAGGAAAGGAGUCAUUGGACAAAAUGGAACUGUUCAAUGAUACUCGUCUCAGCACGUUUUAUGACAUCCAAUUGUUGUUUUGAAUUGUUCAGGAGCCACCGUUCACACAAUAUCGUAUUUCUGGUCCCAUUGUCCAAUUCACGCUCACUGAAUUGCAUUGAGAGAGAGAGAAACUAUGAUCCACUUGGUACGUCCCAAAUGGCACCUUAUUCCCUACAUAGUGCACUACUUUUGGCUAGAGCCCUAUUGGCCUUUGUAAAAUGCAGUGCACUAUAGAGGGCCAUUUGUGAUGCACACACUGUUUUCCAGCCCCACCCCAUGGCGUCCUUAUUGCUGUUUUGUCAGCCUCACAGAUAGCUCGCACACUAUGCGUCAUAAAACGCUGCGCAUGACCCUGAGUAUUCUCUCAGGACGCAGCCUAUUUAGUUACAUACUUUAUCAAUCUAAAAUUAACCUCAUGCCUGAUAAAGAACUGCCACUUAAAUUAACUACAAUGAUUUGUAAUCUUUUGAGUUCAGAUACAGUUUAAGAAAAUCUAUGGAGGCAGGUGGUGAGUCAAUGUGAUCUUGAGACAUUGAAAUUGUUAUAAUAUGAGAGGCAGUUGGUAUCCUGAGUUCUCUCCAGAGGGCAAGGCAUGGGAAAGGUCAUACGUAAGUGUAAAACCCAGGUGCCACAUUCCUGUAUCGUUUUACUGUCUUUACUCUUCAGCGAUGAUUUAUAUUGCAUGGGGUUGGAAAAGCAUGGGCAGCUGUAGUACAGUAGUGGAUCUAAUAUUUCUCAGUAGCUUUUGGGUCGAGUAUUUCUCAGUAGUGGUGACCUUUCUUCAUUUGAGGGGAAAUUCUGUUCACAGAAAGUAAAUCAGGUUUGAGAGACGUUCAGACAGCUGCAGUGUGGGAGAGAACAUGCGUGUGGCCCUCCCAUAGUCAACAUCACCACUGAAUCACGCAACGUCACGCUGAGUGACUCACUGUAGGGAAAAACACCACACCCUUGUUGUAGAUCAGCUGCUGAAAGCCAAGCAUUUUGAGACAUCAUGGCUGAACUCAUCAUGUUUUGAUUUGGUUUGAAUGUUUAUGACCUUCUCAUUAUGGAGCUCUAAAUGGUGAAGUUAUACCACACAGUGCUAUGUACCUUAUUUCCUUUAACAUCACAUUUGUGUCUCCAACUUCCUGGUGUUGUGAGAAGUGAGUAAUACAGCAGCUGAGGGCUUGGUCUCUGCUGUCACUCCUUGCCCUGAAGGGUUGCAGGGAACUACAAGCAGAAACAGCAUUGUGCUUGUAGGCACUGAUCUACUUUGUUGCCUUCUCUCCAUACUGUGACCUUCCAAUAAUGUUAUUGCUAGUGAUAUUUAAAAGUAUAACUCUGUUAGUACUGACUUGAUAAACCAGACAUUGAAAUGUUCCCUGUUUUUGUUAUCCCGUCUGCAGGCUCCCCAGAGACGGGUCCUCCAGAGGGCAGCGGAUGGGACCCCGGUGCAGUGGUUUGUGGGAGACGACUCGGAGCUCGUCAGUCAGGUGUAGGACUAGGGAGAGGGCCCCGAGUGCCACACCCUCUCUGGAACACUCUGACCUCCGGCCCACAAAGCCCUAUUUAUUCAUUAAUUUAUUACACCAAUGAACCUGGUGCUGAUAUGAGAUGAGCGAGAGACUGGGCAUAAUAUCAAAGCAGACCUGAGGCUUUAUACCAUUGACCUCAAAAUGUUACCCGGGCAACAACAAAUGAUCAACUGAAGGCAUGAAUUAACAGACCACAAUGUUACCAUGGUGCCUACCUUUUUACUGUGAAAAAGCUACUGUUUUGAACAUAAUUUCAUGGUUAGUUUGUUAGCUGUUUUUUGUACGGAUCUGUUGUGUUUAGUACUAUGAAAAAUCUUUCUAAAAUAUGUAUUGUUUUUCUAAAAAAAAUCUUUCUCUGUAGAAGUUAAUAAAUAAUUAAAUAAAGAUUUAUACUGUUAA